CGUUGCAGUGAAAAAGAAUGACCUCGAGAAAGCUUUCGAAUAUCAUCAGCGAAGAUGGCACAGUUGGUGUCAAAGAUGUUCAACUCACUGCUAUUAUUCGAGAUGCCAAACACCAAAAUGCCAAAGAGACGAUAGGCCAAGUUAAUAAACCAGGCUUAUUUAAUUACAAGGAGUUCCUUCAGAUUAUCAAGUUGUUGGAGGAGCCCAUUAUAAAUGAUCAGAAGAAUGCAAUACAUGAAAAAUUGCAUGGAAUGGAUAAGCAAUCGACUAUGAUUUUGUAUGGUAAAGCAGGAGUUGGGAAAACAUGGUUGGCAAGAGAAGUAGCAAAUACUGCAGUGAGAAAGCGCGGUUUUUAUUACGCCAUUUGGGUGUACCUCAACAGGAUUUACAAAGAUGAUGCUAGCCUUCAAGAGAGCAUUGCUUCUCAGCUGUCUGUGCUUUCUGAUUACGAGGAUGCGGUGGAGAAGGCCAAGGCUGAAGAAGAAGAGGCCAAGAAGAAGGCCAAUGCUGAGAAAGCGGAAGAGGAGAAGGAGGCCGAGGAGAAGAAGAGCAUUGUUGCCAUGAAAAAAGAAGGGGUGAGUGAUAAGAAAGUCAAGAGUAUUGAGCAAUGGAUCGUUGAGAAGGUCUAUGAUAAGAAGAUUCUUGUUGUGUUGGAUGAUGAUGGGAGUGGAAUGAGUGGAGAGGUCAUUGAAUAUGAAGGCUUUUUUACAAGAAAACGGAAUUUUUAUUUGAAGUUAUCUGUUGGAGAAAAGGUCGUGGGUAUGGAGUUAGGUGCCUUGAAGUCUUACAAAGUUAUGAAAACUGUUAGAGAUGAUAACCCUGAUAAACAUGAGCCAGGAGAGAAUGUGGUGAUGGUGAAGCCUUUCAGCUGGGAGAGAUCCAUGAACUUGGCAGAUCGAGCAAUGAAGGCGGAAAAAGUUGAAAGAAAAGAAGUUGGAGAUUUACUUCGUUAUUUCAUGUUUAGGAGCGAGAGGCUUCCGUCUCAGCUUCUCUUGAUAAGCAGAAUCGUGAGCUAUCUUGGUAGCAAGGGUGAGUCGGGAUUGCGGAAGCUGGAAGACGACAUGGCUACGAUCAAGAGAGAAGAGAAAGAUGUCAUGUUGUUGGAUGUGCUGAUUAAACGAUACGAGGAGAGGCUUCCCAAGAGCAUCCUGAUCGACUGCUAUGGGCCCGACACGCCUAAGAACCACUUCAUGCAUCGAGACAGACCAGUCAACUUCAACGAGCUCAUCUGCUACUGGAUCAUGGAGGGCCAUCUCGGUCCUUUUAACCGUGUCCAUGAGGCGUACCACAAGUGUCACCGCGUCAUCAUGGAGCUCAUGGACUGCGGCCUCCUGCAGAAGGAGACCAACAUCAUUGCACCGAGCGGUGCAACAACAUUCAAAUUCCACAUCCAUGACUACGAGGAAUUCUUCAGUGGCGUCCGCCCUGGGAUUGGUGUCAUGUUCGACAUGAGCCUAGGGAUGGUCGCGCUCGGAGAUGGAAUGAUCAGAACAAUAAGCAACACCAACACCAACACCAAACUCGACAAACAAGUUAUAUCAACAUUGCUCCUCUAUGGCGACUGCAUUGGUGAAGAGGAAUGCCCCACGGGGAACUUGUUGGAGCACAAGGAACGUGUGGAGAUACUCGCCCUCUCCGAUCCUACUAGCCAACAUUUCAAGCUUCCCAUUCUUGAAAUGAAGAAGCUCCGCCUCCUGGCCCUCCGAGGCUGCCAGUUUCUUCCCAGCCUCGAGCCUUUUCUUGUGAAGAAACCCGACGAAGAGGAGGGAGAAUAUCCUCAGAAAAGUGAGACAGAGAUUCCUCAAGAAUUUGUUAAUGAAAAGCUUGAAGGGCUCACAGUUCUUGAGAUAUCUGGUCCCAAAUCACAGAUAAACGCUAUACCAGAUAAGCUCUUUACCCUCAUGCCUAAUCUCAAAACAGUAAACUUGUCUCAUCUUGGCCAAGUCACAACACUGCCUACGUCUUUCUACUCCCUAACUCAAAUCGAGUUCCUCGUCCUCAGAGGCUGUGAGAGCCUACAAGAGUUGGGGAGCCUCAAAGAGUUCAAAGAUCUGAAGAUUCUAGACGUUUCCGGCUCCACCUCGUUCGAGAAGUUUGAGGACAAGAGCCUCCACACCAACACAAAGCUCCAAAUACUUAACCUCUCCAAGACCAACCUCAAGACACUGCCUCUAAUCAACCAGCUCAAGGACCUCAAAUUUGUAUGGCUUAAAGGCUGCCCAAACCUGCCGACGAUAUGCAAUCUCGAUAAAAUGCAAAAUCUUGAGAUAUUUGAUAUUUCAGGUGCUGAAGAGGUGGACCGCUUCUGCGAUCUUUCCUGGGAAGAUCUCACGAAACUUGUGACCAUUAAUAUCUCAAACACAAAGAUCAGACGGCUGUCUCCCAACUUGGGCGAUCUCACUUAUCUGUAUGCCAGAAAUUGCCUCAGGAUCAAAGUAGUGCCACCAGUGGAAGGACUCAAGAAACUCCAAGAGCUAGAUCUCUCGGGAUGUAUUAAUCUGACAAAGGUCAGACAAGAGUUCUUCAAAGAUGUGAAGCUCCUCAGAAGUCUAAAUCUCUCCAGAACGAAUGUCCGGGAACUCUCCUUCCUUGAUAAUGACCGUAGCUCUCUUCGUGAAUUAUUGUUGUCCGGAUGCAAGUUCUUGGAGAAGGUGGGCAGUUUGAAGUGCCUGAAAGAGCUGGAGCGUCUUGAUCUUUCGGGUUGUGAGAGAGUGAUGGAGUUGGAAGAGGGAACGUUCGACGAAAUGAAACACCUCGAGCAUCUUAACCUGUCCGGAACAGGCAUCGGGAAGCCAACACCGAUGCCAUCACUGUCCAAACUCGAGAAUCUGAAAGAACUUCAUGUGAGGGAGUGUCGUAAUCUGAAGGAGUUGCCGGGAGUGGAACAAGUUUCAAAGCUUCAGCUUCUGGAUUGUUCUGGAACUGUUCUAGAAACACCACCUUGCUACAGGAAUGAUCAUCCUCGACCAUCAGGCUUAAAUUUAGUUGGAGGUGGUGUAGAAAGCAUCGAUAGAGUUGAUCUGUUGAGGCAGCUGGGUGUGGAGCGGGGUGGUGUUGAAAGUGAAAAAUUGAUAUUCAAACAAGAGGAAGUGAGCCAGAGCAAUUGGAACAUGCGAAUUGGAUCUGCAACGACGCCUAUCUAUGGACUCCAUUUCAUUCGCCUGUUGAAGGAAAAUCCAUCGUUUCUGAUACAGAAUUUGAGUAAAUUCUGUUUCCUGAUUUAUCCCUCGGAGGUAGAGGUCAAAAUGCAGGACAGAUUUCGAGAGGAAUCCUAUGGCGAUGAGGUGAGUUUGAGAGAGAUCUAUUUGGAGAAAGUUUGUGGAGAGAAGAUGGAGAGAUGUUUGGAGAUGCGAGAAUUCAAGAAGCUUCCACAAAGUGUAGAUCCUCUAAUAGAGCAAGCUCAGUUGGUGGUGCUGGUGGAUGUUCCGUUUUUGGUGUCGUUGCUUGAUUUGCGCAGCUUGCCUAUAAUAAAGGCGUGUUGGAUUGAGAGAUGCAGUGAGUUCAAGUAUGUCUUUGCUGCUCCAGAGAAAAAGGAAGAGGAGGUGAAAAGUGAAGAAGACAAUCAACCGAAGAAUGGUGAGUUGAAGAGAGGUUUAGGCGAUUCUCCGGAGAAAGCGAAAGAGAAAAAUUCCGCGGAUGGAAAAUCUGGAGAGUCGGCUAAGGGCCAAGGCAAUGAAGCUGGAAAAGGCCAAGCCGAUCAGCCUGCAAAGGAAAAAUCAGGUGGCGAUGAUUCUAAGAAUGAAAAUUUGGGCGAGUCUGCUCAAGGCAAAGACAAUGAGCAUGAGAAAUCAGGAGAUACAGAUAAAGUCGGAGGCAGCCAACCUGACAACGCUGCUGCAGAUAAUUCUAAAGACAAAGGCGAUCAACAGAAGAAUGAAAAAUCUGGAGAUGUAGCCGAUCAGAAAAAUCCUGCUGCUGAGGAUACAACGAAAAUCGGAGGCGAUGAGAAGAAGAAUGAUGCAGAUGCAGCAAAACCUGAGAAUGAAAACGCUGCAAGUGACAAAGGCGAUCAACAGAAAAAUGAAAAAUCUGGAGAUCUAGCAGAUCAGAAGAAUCCUACGGCUGAGGAUACGCCAAAAAUCAGAGGCGAUGAGAAGAAGAAUGAUUCAGGUGGAAAAUCAGGAGAGACAGAAAAAAUUGGAGGCAACAAACCUGAGGAUGACAAAGGCGAUCAACAGAAGAAUGAAAAAUCUGGAGAUCUAGCGGAUCAGAAGAAUGCCGCUGCUGAAAAUACAACAAAAAUUGGAGGCAACGAGAAGAAGAAUGAUGCAGAUGCAGCCAAUAACCAAGGCAAUCAGCAGAAGAAUGCUGCAGGAGAUGCAGAUACAUCAAAAAUUGGAGGCGUUGAGCAGAAAACUAGUGUUGCAGACGCGGCAGCGAAGAAUGAGAGGGAUCCAGCUACCGAAUAUCUGGAGACUCUCUGGAUUUCUCAUGUUUUAAAUAUGGAGAGUAUAUGCAAAGGCGACAUCCAAAGCGUGACCUUCAAUUCACUCAAAACGCUAUAUCUGGAGUACUGCCCAAACCUCUCCGAGAUAUGCUCCUCAUCCCUGCAAUUGGAAAACCUCAAAACUCUCUACAUCAAAUAUUGCCACAAGCUAGUCAAACUUUUUGCAGAUGAAAAUCCUUCCACGAUGGAGAAUCUAAGCCACCUGCAUCUAUGGGGGCUCGAUAAGCUGCAGAAGAUCAACUGCCAGACGCCUAAGCUGGCAGAGGUUCGAGUCGGGGAAUGCCCCUUGCUUGAGUACGUGAUUCUCACACCCACAGUAACAGAUCCACCAGCAGAAAACGAGCGCCACGACAACCUGAAGAGCCUCAGCAUCAAGUCAUGUGAUAGCCUCAAGGCCAUCUUUGAAAGUGAGCAGUUCGCGGUCUUGGAUAGCCUAAUCGAGCUGGAGCUGUGCCGGUUGCCCAAGCUGGAGAACGUUGCCAUGCAGGUGCAAAGCCUCCUCGUCUUGAGAGUCGAGGGCUGCCCCUCUUUGACCACCCUAAGUGCUGUAUAUGGAGCCCGUGGUCUUGAGACGUUGGAGGUGAAAUCAUGUGAGAAACUGAAAACCAUCCGUAGACAUGCUGAAUCCAAUUUAAAGAACAUUAAGUUGUUGGGGCUGCCCCAGCUGGUGGAAGUUGAACCUAAGUUCUCCAAAAAAAAAGUGAUGUGAUUUGCAAUGGAGGACGUCCAGGCGGACGUUGGACUGGCGCGCGCGACAUCCUCGCCAUUAGGUGUGCGAGAGGCGGACGCGGACGUCGCUUGCAGACACCGUAGAUCCGCGGCUUUCCGACGACGUACGUUCAGCUAGCGGCAAACUAUAGAUUCAAGGCAUAACAUGUAACUUUAUUUGAAUCGUUUUUUAGUUUGGGAUGGUUUUUUUUGGGUGAACUAUGUAUUUUUUUAAUUUAAAUAUGUAUGUUUUUUUAAAAAUAAA